AUGUAUCCUAUUCAACCUUUACCUCCUCUUGUUGAUGUUCCUUAUGGUGGUGGACCACGUUUAGGUACUCGCUAUGCCAAUCCGGCAUUGUUCACUUCGACACGUGUAAUGUUACUUAAUGAACUUGUUGGAGCUAUAAUUGGACCACGCGCAAUUCCUAGUGGUAAUGGUGGUGGUGGUGGUGGUGGUGGUGAUAGAAUAAUAACAAUUGAGGGAACACCAGAACAGAUUAGUCGUGCACAAGCACCUCUUCAACAAGCUGUUCGUCAAUCUGGUCUUUGGCAACCAUAA